AUGGCCCCUCUGAGAUGGACAAGUGCCGAACAGCUUACAUGGCUGCAAAAUGAGGUUCCAACGUACCUACAGAUGCAAAAAGAGAAAAAGUUGGUUCGGUUUUUUGAGCUGCUAUACCCCAAGUGGUUCAGAUCAGAAAACUCACCUGACGACAACGACACCAACAUCGACCAAUCUAGUCUCGACUCGGAUGCGGCUGUCAAUGAGAUCAUUGCCGAGCUGGACCAUGAAAACGCUAUAAUUCCUAUCAGUGAUGUUGAAAAACAGAGUGACUUAAAUCCAGAACUUGCCGAGGUACUCAAGGACACCAUAAAACAUCGACGUAAAAAAUUACAGGAGUGGUUUCGAAACAACACCAAAGGAAAGACCAGACCAGGUGGGACUUUGACGAGCAAAGUCCUAUCUACAAUGCUGGGACAGCGCGCACGAGGCACUCAAGACUUGAAAGAAGUUGAGGUUUACUCACAACUUCACUAUGAAUCAAAGGUCAAGCCCUUGGUUUGGGAAGACAUCAGGGAAAACAAGCUUGCAUUACCUGACCAGAGGCUUCGUGCUGUCCAGCACCACACAAGUGAAUGUUUUGCGAAGGAGUCGGAGGAUGUGAAGGAUGAGGUUCGCGUUGAGACUCAACGUAUUAACACUGCCAGAAAGUUAGGUUCUGUCGCAGCGGGGGAUGAUUGA